AUGCUGCGCUCCGAGACUUGGAGGCAAGUACGCUUCUUCAAGCUCAACAUCAGGAGUAUUUGCGAUGCCUUUUUAUCACCGACCCGAGCCAAGUUGAUGUACAACUACUUCAUCGAUAUAGCGGAGAGCCAGGGUGAGAGCCAGUGGACUAAAUGCAUGAACAACAUGCCGAAAAAGAAAAAAAGGAUGAAGGACGAAAAAGAAAGGCUCGUCAACAUGACCAAUCUAACCAUCCCAGACAACGUCUCCAAGACAUUAGAAAAAGGACCCAAAUAUGCAGUAGAGCCUAAGGCCAAAACUGUGGACCUGAUCGGUAUGGUGCACGACGUUGCAAGGAAGGUUUCUGAAGAAGAGAAAAACGCAUGCAUAGCUGCCGGCAUCAGAGCUGUUUCCAACAAAUUAAAAACAGCCAGGCAACCAGGCGUGAACACCAACCACACGCUGCUUCUAUCCGGGAACGUUCCCAAAAACUGGGAGCUGUUUCGACAAAUGUUCGAGCUGUUCCUGAAGGCAACGGCUUUACCAAAAGAACCAAGGUCUGAAGCCGUCAAGACCGCGCUGCUGCUGAGUGCUGCUGGGGACAACGUCUUGGAAAUAUUCAAAAAUUUUCGUUUCGCCGAGGAUGAAGUCCAGGAUGACUACGGAACGGUGGCGACCAAGUUUGAGGAGUACUGUCGCAAACAGCAGAAUGAGGUCUAUGAAAGGUACAUAUUCCGGACACGAUUGCGAGUGGAGGCAGAGCCCUUCGAACAUUUCUUGCGUGACUUGCGGAAACAAGCAGGCUGCUGCAACUUUGCGCAGUUAACCGACUCGGUUAUCAGGGAUCAGGUUGUGUUCGGAACAAAUAAUCCGAAGUUCCGGGAAAAAAUGCUCAAGGAAAAGGACCUCACGCUGCUCAGGGCCGAACAGAUCUGCAAAGCAGCGGAAGUAUCGGCUCUGCAGAGCGAGGUGUUUGCGCAGGGGGAAAAGCUCGUGGCGCCCGUAAAAAAGAGGCAGCCAUACAAGUGUGGCAACUGCAACCGCCAGCAUGAGCGUGGGAGAUGUCCGGCAUUUGGAAAAUCGUGUUUUAUGUGCAGAGGCACUAAUCACUUUGCGGUAUGUGCAGAGGCACUAAUCACUUUGCGGUAUGUGCAGAGGCACUAA